UUGGUGAAACCUCGGUUUGUCUCCAUUACUUAAAAGCCAUAGCUUCUUCUUUGAGCACCAAAUUUGGUAGGUGUGAUCGAUGGGAAGGGGUAAGAUUGUGAUAAGGAGGAUUGACAAUUCGACGAGCCGCCAAGUGACGUUUUCGAAGCGGAGGAACGGGCUGCUGAAGAAGGCCAAGGAGCUGGCGAUCUUGUGCGACGCGGAGGUCGGAGUUAUGAUCUUCUCCAGCACCGGCAAGCUCUAUGAUUUUGCAAGCACCAGCAUAAAAUCAGUAAUUGAACGAUACAACAAGGCGAAAGAGGAGCACCAUCAAUUUGGGAAUCCGACUUCUGAAAUUAAGUUAUGGCAAAGGGAGGCAGCAAUGUUGAGGCAACAACUUCAAAACUUGCAGGAAAACCAUAGGCAAAUGAUGGGUGAAGAGCUUUCUGGCCUCAGUGUUAAAGAUUUACAGAAUCUGGAGAACCAAUUGGAAAUGAGUAUUCGGGGUGUCCGAAUGAAAAAGGACCAACUUUUAAUGGAUGAAAUACAAGAACUAAACAGAAAGGGGAACCUCAUUCACCAAGAAAAUGUCGAGCUGUAUAAGAAGGUAAACCUAACUCGUCAAGAAAACAUGGAAUUAUACAAGAAGGUUUAUGGAACAAGGGAUGUAAAUGGAGCAAACAGAAAUUCCCUUCUGACAAAUGGUCUAGGUAUUGGAGAGGACUCACAUGGACCUGUCCAACUCCAGCUUAGCCAGCCACAGCAGCAAAACUGCGAGACACCAGCAAGAGCUACAAAGCUGGGACUACAACUACAUUAGCAAAGAGGAUGCAUCAGUUUAGGAAGACGUUACUUGAUUUCUAUCAAGAACAAGGUUGAUGGAUACAAAUUUAUGUUCUAUAAGAGGAAUGUGGUAAAAGAACCGCAGAACAAUCAGAAAAGGACCUUGAUUUAAAAGCAAACAAUGCUUUGAUGUGUGUGUGACAAUCAAAGAAACCAACUACAUAUGUAAAGAUGAGAUUUAUAUAUAAUAAAGAAUAACUGAAUUGCACUUCAGGUGCAAUGCAGCUUUUAAAAUCA